GAAAGCACGACCCAGCCGCGCGAAACCGGGCCCGAGCGUGGGGUGCGUGCCAGCUUCACUUUUGGACUCCUCACGCUCGAGCUUCGAAAAACUGCCUCCGCCCUCCGCCCUCCGCCCGCCCAUCUCCCCGUUUCCCACCACGUACGCGGCGCCUGCACUCUGCACCACCCCAUCGACUCACUCAUCCAUUCACUCCCGCCGCCACCGCCUGGGCGCCUGGCCUCCCCGGUUCCGCCUCCGCCGAAAGCCCAAACACCGCUGCGUACGUCCGCCGCCGCGCGGCGGGCGCGCCAUGGACCCAUCCACCGCCAAGGCGGCCGCCCCCUCCAAUGCCGACCUAGUCCUCCUCAUCCCGCCCGACCAUCCCCCGCCGGCGCCCCACCCAAGCAACCACCAUCACCAGCAGCAGCCGAACCCCGCGGCGGAGCCCCCCAAACCCUCCCAAAACCCCGAGAAGCCGCCGGCCUCGAGCCCCUCUCGCCCGCCGCUGCCUCCCGCCCUCCUCCGCCGCCGCUCCUCCAUCACCAAGCCCAAGUCCCGCUUCGUCGAGCCGCCCACCCCGUCUUACCCCUCCGCCGCCUCCUCCCCGGGCCAUCCCGCCGCUUCGCAGACCCAGACCCCUCGCCCGCCCGCCGACGCCGAGGACGACGAGGACAUCUUCCGCAAGGAAGGCGCGCCCCUCUCCGCCUCCGAGGCGCGGUGCCGCCGCAGGGCCCUCCUUGGGCUCGAGCUAGCUGUGCUAGUCCUCUUCCUCGCGCUCCUUGUCGUCAGCCUCGUCGUGCGCCCGCUGCAGAGGCGCGUCGUGUGGGGGCUGGAGAUCUGGAUGUGGUGCGUCAUGGUCAUCGCCGUCUUCUCCGGCCACCUCGUCAGCCGGUGGCUCGUCACGCUCCUCGUCUUCGUCGUCGAGCGCAACUUCCUGCUCCGCACCAAGGUGCUCUACUUCGUCUUCGGGCUCAAGAAGAGCUUCCAGGUCUGCCUCUGGCUCGCGCUCGUGCUCAUCGCGUGGUCGCAGCUCUUCGAUCGCGAGGUCGGUCGCCCGCCCAAGACCGCCAGGAUCCUCAACUACGUCUCCAGGUUCCUCGCCUCCAUGCUCAUCGGCUCGGUCAUCUGGCUGGUCAAGACAUUCCUCAUGAAGGUGAUCGCGUCCACGUUCCACCGGAAGACCUUCUUUGAUCGGAUCCAGGAGAGCUUGUUCCACCAGUACGUGCUUCAGACGCUGUCAGGCCCGCCGGUGAUGGAGCUGGCGGAGAAUGUGGGGAGGGAGGGUAGUGGGCUUGGGCGGGUGAGCUUCAGCAGAGCAAAGGAGGAGAAAGGUGCGCCAGAGGUGAUCGAUGUCGCCAAGCUCAGGAGGAUGAGCCAGGAGAAGGUGUCAGCAUGGACGAUGAAAGGGUUGAUCACAGCAAUACGAAGCUCUAGGCUGUCAACCAUAUCUCAAACUAUCGAGAGCUUCGAUGACGUUGAUGGCAUGGAACAGAAGGAUAAAGAGAUCAAUAGCGAGUGGGAGGCGAAGGCAGCGGCAAAUGUCAUAUUCAAGAAUGUAGCAAGGCCUGGCUAUAAGAACAUUGAGGAGGUGGAUCUGCUGAGAUUUUUCACCAAGGAGGAGGUGGACUUGGUGAUUCCGAUGUUUGAGGGAGCAUCAGAAACGGGAAAGAUAAAAAAGUCUGCUCUGAAGAAUUGGGUGGUAAAAGCAUACAUCGACCGUAAAGCCCUAGCUCAUUCUCUGAAUGACACAAAAACCGCUGUUAUGCAACUUCACAACCUCAUCAGUGUUAUAGUUGUCAUUGUAAUCAUCAUCGUCACACUAGUGUUGAUGGGCAUUGCGACAACCAGGAUCCUUGUUGUCAUCUCAUCUCAGCUUCUAGUUGUGGUAUUCAUAUUUGGGAAUGCCUGCAAGACUGUAUUUGAGGCCCUUAUAUUUGUAUUCAUCAUGCAUCCGUAUGAUGUUGGUGACCGCUGCGUUGUCGAUGGAAUACAGAUGGUUGUCGAAGAAAUGAAUAUAUUAACUACAGUUUUCUUGAAGAAUGACAAUGAGAAGAUAUAUUAUCCAAACUCUGUAUUGUCCACAAAGGCAAUCAGCAACUUUUACCGAAGUCCAAAUAUGUAUGACACGAUCGAUUUUGCUAUUGAUGUUUCAACUUCAGUUGAGAGCAUUGGAGCUUUGAGGUCCAAAAUUAAAGGGUACUUAGAGAGCAAACCAACACAUUGGAAUCCUGUUCACACGGUAAACCUAAAGGACAUCUUGAAUGUGAACAAGAUCAACAUGUCUCUCUGUGUCCAGCACACAAUGAACUUUCAAAACAUCCGGGAGAAGAACAUCAGGAGAUCUGAGCUCGUCAUGGAGUUAAAGAAAAUAUUUGAGGAGAUGUCUAUCCGAUACCACCUUCUGCCCCAAAAGGUUGAACUCAGCUAUGUUGGCUCACAUCCGUUGCCCAUCUCUGUUACUCAAACCAGAUAGAAGAUGGGGAACUAUUGUACUAACACUGAUGUUCAAUACCGUGGAGGUCAAAGAGCCUGACUACUGAUAACUAAUUUGUAGUCUGUACUGAAGUUUCUAAAAUCUCUGGGCAUGCUAGAUAGCUCGUGGUUCCAUUUGUGCCAGACAGUGGAUUUUAUAGCAUCCUACGAACAGAGCUUGUUUCUGCUAAAAUUUUGUUAUCUUUUCAGGUUUCCACAUUGUUGGACAUCAUGAAUAGUAAGUUUGAAAGUUUCGUAUUGAGCUUCUUUACAAGCUUUGUAUUGGCUUUGGCUCUUAGGAUUUUUCUAGACCAUUUGGUGAGGUACAAGAGUGAAAUUGUUAGGAAAUAUUGAUCAACUACAAAAUUCUCCUAAGCUGUGAGAUUGAAGCUGACCUUACAAAAUGGGUUGCUGAAGGAAAUGUGUACUGAUCUGCAGCUAUUCACUGAAGAAAUUCUGUCAAUUCGGCAAUCAGUUUUCUGGAUGACAGUGCAGAGAAUGCUCCCCCCCAGGGCCACAGUAGGCAGUGCAAGUGCCUUCCUGUGUAGCUGCAUACUUGUAUCGGAUAGUGCCAUGGAUAUCUUGGAUUCCUGCCUAUUGCUCCACGGUUGGGUGGAGGAAAAUUGGCUUGUCGCCUUAUUGCUUCGUCUGGGUGGAGGAAAAUUGGCUUGUCGCCUUAUUGCUUCGUCUGGGUGGAGGAAAAUUGACUUGCGUUGCUGCUGGCUAAACUUUUUAAAUAGUAAAAUGUACUGGUGGUUUUUAAACUUGUUCUAUUGUGUCAUUUAGGUCUAGAACUUUAAAAAUACAUUUCUAGAUUAUUAAUGUUGU